AUGACGGCUAGGGUUCCGGGUACUGAAAUCCAAGAUACGAGUAUGGAGGAGAUGGGACGUCCACCGGAUGUUCCUACGGCCCCUCUUCGAUCUUGGGUGGAGAAGGUGCAGGGGAGUAAUGUUGGGGGUGUACCAGUGGCGGAGAGAGUGUUGGAUGAUGAGUUUGUAUCGGCGGGAACCCGGUUGGAGUUCCCGAAUGGGAAGGAUGGAGAAGGGGUGAUCACCGUGGAGCCAGAAGUGUUAUCAGCCAUGAACGAUUUGUGGAAGCACUGUCUGAUUGUGAAAGUUUUGGGGAGACACGUCCCGAUUGCGGCGCUGGUUCGAAAAUUGCGCGAGCUGUUGAAACCGAGUGGGGGGAUGUAUGUGGUGGAUCUACCCAAGCAGUUCUUUCUCGUAAGGUUUGACAAUAAGGCCGACUACUUGGCAGCGGUUACAGGAGGUCCAUGGCGGUUGUUUGGAAGUAUUUUGAUGGUGCAGGCAUGGACACCGGAGUUUGACCCGUUGAAAGAUGAGAUUGUUACGACACCAGUGUGGGUGCGGAUUUCAAGUCUCCCGGUUAAUCUGUAUCACAAAGUAAUUUUAUCAAAGGUCUCAGGGGCGUUAGGGAAACCACUUCGGGUGGAUAUGACGACGUUGCAGUUGAAUAGAGCACGGUUUGCUCGGGUGUGUGUGGAGGUCAACCUGAAGAAACCAUUGAAAGGGUCGGUAUUGGUGAAUGGUGAGAGAUACGCGGUGGCGUAUGAGGGGCUGAGUACUAUAUGCUCCUCAUGUGGGAUUUAUGGACACUUGGUGAACAAUUGUCCUCGGAGUUUGGCAGAGCGUGUGAGCCAGCCCAGAGUACAGCCGGCUAGAUCAACAAGUGAUGGAUUCACGGAAGUUCGAAGGACGAAUCGGAGAGGAUCACCGGUGGUGAGGAAUGAGAUGGUGGCGGUGGUGGACAAAAGUCCGGGGAAUGAGAGAAAUCAGGAGGAGAUUACGAACACUCCGGCUUUAGGAAAUGUUGCCAUAUCUAACAGAUUUACUGGCUUAAAUGCGGGGGGUGAAACGGAAGGUAUAGAGCCAAGUAUGGUACGGAAGGAGAAAAAUAAGGAAAGUCCGCAGUUGGCGAAUAUAUCGCAUGAUGUAAUGCGUGUGGAGCAAGGAAAGGAAAAUAAUUAUUUUGGUAAUGUGUUUUCGGCAAAGGACGGAGAAGUAAGCAAGAAGGCUAAUGGGCUCAAAGGAUGGAGAAAUGUUACGCCGAGGAAGAAUGGGCCGAAACAGAUCAAGCCCACUAGAGGAUUAAUUUUUGGCCCCAUGAGGGGUGAGAAUGAGAACAUUGGUUCGGGUAAGAGGUUACGGGUUGAGUCGGAGGCAGUUGGUAGAGCAGGGGGUGUCUACCGGGCAGGCCGAGCUGUAACGGAGGAGGAGAGACAACCCUUACAAAGCCUAGAGCAAGAGAUGAAUAUGGGUCCGGACAAGAGUGAACUCGCGUUGCUACGGGAUGCGUUUAGUCUAAAGGAAGGCCCAAUGGAGGUUGGGGAAGACGUGAAAGUGAAAUAA